CACCCUCAAUCGCCAAGAAAAGUCAUGGAUUUAACUCUGCUGUGAUUUCACGUACAAAGUGUCUCAAUAAUUCACACCAAAGGCAUGCCGUGAGAGGAUUUUCUGUUCCUAAAUGUACGAGAUUGGAUCAAUUUGGUGGAACUCCGCGCAGUACAAGAACAACCCAAAUAGUGUGAACAUCAUGUGGAAAUUAUUGUGAAAAGGGGCAAAUCAUUGUGAAAAAAAUGGAGAUAAGAAAACAUUUGUGAUAGUAGAUUUUAGUGAAGAAGUGUUAAUGAAGUUGCACCAGCGUCAUUUCUUCUUUUAACCCACACCCAAUCUUUAUGCCAACUCUUUCACAAAUUAACUAAAAGAACGAGGCAAAGAAAACACUAAAAAAAAUUCACGUGAACAAUUAAAGAGGAGAGAGUGAGCUUUGAGUAUUAAAAAAUAAAUAAAUUAAAUCAUUUGAACGUGAGAUUUAAGAGCUUAAUAAAAAAGGAAAUGAGCAGCAUUGAGAAUAUUUUUGCGGACGAGGAAUCGUCGUACGAUGACUACGGCAACAUUAGUAGCAGUAACAACAACGAAACCGAGGAGGAGAUUCCAUCUGUUUGGGUCUUUGGGUAUGGAUCCCUCUGCUGGAAUCCCGGUUUUGACUACACAAAGUGCAUCACAGGCUACAUUCGUGGUUACGUGAGGAGAUUCUGGCAGGGCAAUACGACCCAGAGGGGCACAAUAGACAAGCCAGGACGUGUGGCGACUCUGGUGGAAGACAAGGAGGGUAUCACAUGGGGCUGUGCCUACCGAAUCGCAGGCCCAACAGCCCUGGACUACCUGAAGCAGCGUGAAUGCAAACUCGGUGGCUACAUUGUGGAAUACACAAAAUUCUUCCCACGUGUAGCUUCGGCGAAUUCCGGACACAGCGGGGAAGCCUUCCCGGUGCUGCUGUACAUUGCCUCCGAUGAGAAUGAUCAGUGGGCCGGGGAGGAGACUGUAAUCUCACUGGCAAGACACAUUGUGGAUGCACGCGGGUCCUGCGGACACAACAUUGAAUACCUCUUGCGCCUCGCAACGUUUAUGCGGGAAGAAUUGCCCGAUGCGCGGGAUGAUCAUCUCUUUGAGCUCGAGGAGGUGGUGCGGCAGCUAAUGAGCCACCGGAAGAUUGCCAUGAGUACCGUAAUGGGACGUCCGCCGCAGAGAAUUAGGCGGGAUUCGCACGAGGAGACACGACGGCCAAUCUCAUUUGAGUUUACGUCGCGCGUCCCUGAAACCCGACUGCGUUGCCUCAACAUUUAAAAUCUACUCGAAGCACUAACUAAAUGAAUUUUUAAACUAAAACAUUUCAUCUGAUUGUACUGAUGACACUGCUUAUCUCAAAAUAUAUUACUGAUAAGAAA